UGAGGGUGCUACUGAUUUUUUAUUACAGGAACAAAUGAAGUUGGAAAGAACACAAAUUUUGUCACUUUUUAUGAAGGUUAUGAAGAAGUUCUACAAAUAUCUUCAUGGUAUUGCAUCAAAAGACAUAGAAUCAACCCUACCCAGGUUAAAAGAGAGGGAGCUGAGACCUCACAGCAUAUCGGUGGAUGAUGAUCUAAAGGAAGCAGCAAAGCAAGUUGAGGAUGGGAUGAAAUCCAAGAUGGAGGGUUUGCUGAAUCCAGAAUUCCUUCAACAGUACGCAAUUGAGGGGGGAAAAGAAGAGUUCGACGAUGCUUUGCAAAAACAUGGUGGAAAGAUAAACCCAGGUAGUGUUAUUAGUGUAAAAUCCAGUAGAGUUAAACCAGAGAAACAUGGAAAGCAAGAGAGUAGUAGGAGCGGGAAAAAGCGAGGUAAGGAAGAUCGCGGCUCUAGAUCAAAUAAAAAGAGUAAAUCUUAAUCGUAAGAGCACGAGAAUACUUCCUAAC